AUGCCUGGCAGUAAAAAUAACUAUGCCAAUAAAGAUCCUACAAAUUUAUUCCUACGUAAUAUAAAUUCGCUGAAUCUUGUGCAAUAAAAUCUGUCCCUCUCUAAUCGAAUAAAUAGAUAUGUAACAAAUAUCAAAAAAGAACUGCAGCAGUUCAGAGCAAACAUGACAAAAAACUCUAUUUCCAUGAUAUGGAUUCCAGCUUAUGUUGCAAUAGAAGUCGCAGACAAGUAAGCAAAGGCAGCAUCAGCACAAACAAUUGCUCAACAUAUAUACUGAUCCCACUGCACAUAAGUUAUAAAGCAAAAAAUUCAAUCUCAAACUAAAGAAAAGUGGAAAACACAAGGCAGAGUAUCAAGUGGUAAGUAUUUUUGAUAGUACUACAAAAGGUUUUACAAAGGAAUAUUCAUACACAUGACAGUAUGGGUUAACAGAGCAAAAGCUGAUUAUUACAGUUCCUCACUGGCCAAGAUUAGAUUAGCUCAGGAUGCCUCAUGUAAUUGUGGUCACACAAUAAUAAAAAUUGGUCAAUUUUUAGUCGGCUACAAACUAGGAAAUUUCGAAAGUCAAGCUAUGAUCAUGCUAAGAUCAUCACAACAUGAAGCCAAGAAUAUAUAG